AUGGCGUCAGAAUCACUCAACUCGUCCCAUGAGGACGUCCAUGGGCGUCACCAACGUCCAGUUGAAAACAAUACCGAGAGGAUCUCGAGAACUCCAUAUGCGGCUCAGGCUGCUGCAGGCGCGGCAGCGGCGCGCGCAUUUUUCCCAUUGGGAUACCGAGAAGGCUUCAGUCAAUGGCAGCAGCCGAACACAAAGUCCUCUCUUAUCUGCCUUACUUGCAUCACCAGCCCCCCCACCCAUCUUCAGACUGGAAACACAACAGAGCUCCCUGAUGGCACUACUCCGACCAGCCUCGAGAGUGCAGACCCCAAUCAGUUGGGUGAAGUUACCACCAAAUCCCUUGAUGACCCUUAUGGCCCGCGCCGAUGGCGUUCCAGCAUGGUAGAACUGAGCGGGCAAGACCGCGCGCUCAAUGAGUUCUCAGUGGAGAGGAUUGGCGAGGAAGCAGACCAACAUUUGGUUAUGCUCCACGGCUACGGCGCCGGACUUGGCUUCUUCUAUAAGAACUUCGAACCACUGAGCCGGUUGAAGGGCUGGCAACUCCAUGCCUUGGACAUGCUAGGCAUGGGCCGGAGUACUCGACCCUCAUUCAAAAUCAAGGCAAAGGAAAGAGAAGACGCCAUUAGAGAGGCCGAGGCUUGGUUUGUAGAUGCCUUGGAAGAAUGGCGCAUCAAACGCAAAAUUGACCGCUUUACCUUGCUUGGACACAGUCUCGGCGGGUACAUGGCGGUUGCCUACGCGCUGAAAUACCCCGGUCAUCUGAACAAGCUUAUCCUGGCGUCUCCGGUUGGAAUCCCGGAGGACCCAUACGCUGUCACUGCAGAUGUGUCCGAGCCUCCGGCAUCAACGUUGGCCAACGAGGUUACUCAAGACGAGCGAGAUAUCGCUUCAUCUGCUGCCAUUCUGGAAACAGCACCGAAGACAAGCGACGGUAGCUUUAUCACUGGGCGCCAACCAGUUCAGGCUGAUUCCGCUCCAGCUCCGCGACGGAAUCUCCCUAAGUGGUUCGCGUAUUUAUGGGACGCCAAUAUCUCCCCCUUCAGUCUGGUGCGGUGGACUGGUCCUUUAGGGCCACGUAUCGUGUCCGGAUGGACUUCUCGUCGAUUCUCCCACCUACCAGCCGAGGAAGCUAAGGCACUCCACGACUAUUCAUACUCCAUCUUCAGUCUUCGUGGUAGCGGCGAGUACGCUCUAGCAUACAUUCUUGCCCCCGGUGCUUUCGCUCGCAGUCCUCUGAUCCACCGUCGCCCUCCCCAUCCAGUCGCCGCUUCCACCACUUCGUCUGACCCUUCGGCGCCCGCUCGGCGCGAGAAGGGUUUCCCCGUGGUAUUCAUGUAUGGCGACCACGACUGGAUGGACGUCUCUGGUGGCCAUGCAGCAGCAGCUAGAUUGGACGCAGAAAAGCGCAAAGCCCUAGAAAAGGCCACUCCAGAGGAGCAACGUACCGAUGAAGGUUCCUCCAAGGUGGUCGUCGUGAAUAAAGCUGGCCACCACUUGUAUCUCGAUGGCUGGGAGGAGUUCAACAGUAUUGUGCUUACCGAGAUGGAAGAGGUCAGCCAGAGGGAGAGAAGUCGUCAAUCAUGA